AUGGCCAAGAAGCGUCAAGCUUCCAAGUCCAUUAUUGUUGUAAGCGAUCUUGGCAUUCCAUCCACGCAUCAUGGCAGGAUUUGGAGGAAGUUGAGAAGAGACACUACCAUUGGACAAAGAGACCGUCACACCUUGACAGGAAAUGAGGGAAAGAACCAAGUAUACAUGAUAGCCCAGACUGUACCGAACCACGCAGAGCGACCGUACACUUGCGUACCCUCGCAAGGUUUACUACAUGAAGCGAAGGAGGGAUCAGCUCUCGGGAUUCCCUUGCUGACCUGGCCAGCUUUAUUAACUGCAGGCGCUCGACGGCUGUGCCAUUUCAAACGGUUCAAUCUUGUCAUACGCGAUAGAUGGUUCUUUUUGCCUCGAUUGUGUAUCCGUCGACGGUGCUGCAACCUGCUCGGCUUGGAGAAUCGAAAAGUCCAAUUGCUCUUGUUGCACGAAAUUAUCAUCGCUUGA